GUCUCCGCCGAAGUUCUGUUGCCGUCAUGUCGGCUGCGAUUGCGGCUCUGGCUGCUUCCUAUGGUUCGGGUUCAGGGUCCGAAUCGGACUCGGACAGUGAGAGCGGACGGUGUCCGCUGCCAGCGGCCGACUCCCUCAUGCACUUGACUAAAUCGCCUUCCGCCAAACCGUCUCUGGCAGUGGCGGUGGACUCGGCUCCGGAGGUGGCAGUUAAGGAAGAUUUGGAGACUGGCGUUCACCUUGACCCUGCUGUCAAAGAGGUUCAGUAUAACCCUACCUAUGAGACAAUGUUUGCUCCUGAGUUUGGACCAGAAAAUCCCUUUAGGACACAGCAAAUGGCUGCCCCUAGAAAUAUGCUUUCUGGAUAUGCUGAACCAGCUCAUAUCAAUGAUUUUAUGUUUGAACAGCAAAGAAGAACUUUUGCCACAUAUGGUUAUGCAUUGGACCCUUCAUUAGAUACUCAUCAAAUGGCUACUAAGUAUAUAGGUUCUGUAGAAGAAGCUGAAAAAAAUCAAGGUUUAACUGUGUUUGAAACUGGUCAAAAGAAAAUAGAAAAGAGGAAAAAGUUCAAAGAAAAUGAUGCAUCUAAUAUUGAUGGUUUCUUGGGACCUUGGGCAAAAUAUGUGGAUGAAAAAGAUGUGGCCAAACCUUCAGAAGAGGAACAAAAAGAAUUAGAUGAAAUCACAGCAAAGAGGCAGAAAAAAGGCAAACAGGAAGAAGAGAAACCUGGGGAGGAAAAGACAAUCUUACAUGUUAAAGAAAUGUAUGACUAUCAAGGCAGGUCCUAUCUUCACAUACCUCAGGAUGUUGGUGUUAACCUGCGGUCAGCUGUGCCACCUGAGAAGUGUUAUCUUCCCAAAAAGCAAAUUCAUGUGUGGUCUGGACACACAAAGGGCGUCAGUGCAGUCAGAUUGUUUCCCCUCUCUGGCCAUUUAUUGCUGUCUUGUUCCAUGGACUGUAAAAUUAAGCUAUGGGAGGUUUAUGGAGACAGGCGCUGUCUGCGAACAUUUAUUGGUCACAGUAAAGCUGUUAGAGACAUCUGCUUUAAUACUGCAGGAACGCAGUUCCUCAGCGCAGCCUAUGACAGGUAUCUUAAGCUGUGGGACACUGAGACAGGACAGUGUAUAUCAAGAUUUACAAACCGAAAAGUACCCUAUUGUGUCAAAUUUAAUCCUGAUGAAGAUAAGCAAAACCUCUUUGUGGCUGGGAUGUCUGAUAAAAAGAUUGUGCAAUGGGAUAUUCGAAGUGGAGAAAUUGUGCAAGAAUAUGAUCGGCAUUUGGGAGCUGUCAACACCAUUGUUUUUGUUGAUGAGAACAGGAGGUUUGUGAGCACAUCUGAUGACAAGAGCCUAAGAGUUUGGGAAUGGGAUAUCCCUGUGGAUUUCAAGUAUAUAGCAGAACCCAGUAUGCACUCAAUGCCUGCAGUGACUUUGUCUCCAAAUGGGAAAUGGCUAGCAUGCCAAUCAAUGGACAACCAAAUCUUAAUUUUUGGAGCACAGAACAGAUUUAGAUUAAAUAAGAAAAAAAUUUUUAAGGGCCAUAUGGUCGCAGGCUAUGCUUGUCAGGUGGACUUUUCACCAGACAUGAGCUAUGUGAUUUCAGGAGAUGGAAAUGGAAAAUUAAACAUCUGGGACUGGAAGACCACAAAACUCUACAGUCGGUUUAAAGCUCAUGAAAAAGUGUGUAUAGGUGCCGUGUGGCAUCCUCAUGAAACAUCUAAAGUCAUAACAUGUGGUUGGGAUGGUCUCAUUAAAUUGUGGGAUUAAUGAGAUUAAUCGUUAAACUAGGAUCGUUUUGAUCCACUAUCCUAUUUAACUAUUUAAUUAUUAAAUGUGUUGGAUGGCAACUUGAUUUACAGAUUAUCAUUUCCUUACAUGGCCUUACAAAGUUGACACCUUGUUUUGAAAAAAAAAAAACUUUGUAAGUUUGGCUCAUAUGAUUUCAUUGGCAGCUUUAUUUUGUUCUUUAUAGAUAUUAUUUAUACA